CGUAGCCUCAGGCUAAAGCUACGUGUCGGUCGUGUCGUGUCACUGUUGCUAAAGAAGGGGAACAGGCAAUGCGCAGUAAAAUUUCACAACAAACGCUCGGUUUCUCAGCUAGCUCCAGAGUCCAGACAAAAAGCAUUUCACCAAAUAAAUUCAUUUCGUUUUCAAAUGUACGAUCUUUCGUUACUAAAAAUGUUUGUGCGUAAUUCGAAACAGCAAAAGUUAUUCUUCAUACUUUGUGCAGCCGAAAAUCCAACGAACUGCAGUCAAGAAAUAUCUGAACUUGAUCUAAUUCAAUAUUUGCACUAUUUCAAUAUUGAAAAUUCGUUCAUCAAAGAUAUGUUAAUUGAAAAGUUGCUGGAAAAUCUGACAGAAAUCGACUACGAAUCCAAGAUUAUUCAAGUGGAAACUAAUCGUCAAAAUGGUACGCAUACUAAUAUUAUUGACUCAGCUAAACCUUUCCACAUUUUCGUCGUCUUCAAAACUGAGAGUGAAAAAGAUGGAGAAUUUUGAUGGUCAUUGGAAAAGACCGCGAAAGACGCAGUCGUCAUGCAACGCUCCCGCCACAAAGAUGAAGUCAAGAAUAAAUUGAAAGGGGAAACGCGCAAAGGAACUCAACUCAUAGCCGAAAAAUUGGAAGGCAAAGGUUGUAUGAGAGAAUUGUUAACAUUAUUGUGGAUUCACAUGAUUGUAGAUGCCAAAUACCAACGGAACUUGUCUCGCUGCGAGUCCGUCAUCCCGUUAAUCAUGAAAAAUAUCACGAAAAUAAGUUACGAAUACGAGAACGACUUCACCUAUUCCGCUCUAUCUGCUGAAGAAAGGAACCCCGACCUGUCAGAUAUUAUCAAUUUCCUUUCAAAUGUUUCAAAUUGGCAUCCACUUGUUUUUGCAACUUAUCUGGGACACACCGGAUUGUUCGACAGAAUCCAGCAGGACGGACAGUACAACAUCGACGGCGUGUACAAUAAUUUCACUCUGCUCAACCUGGCCAUUCUCUUUUCUAAAACUGAAAUGGCUCAACAUCUCCUGGGGCAAAUGAAAGCCGAUCCCUGUAAGUGCGACGAAAAAGGAAGGAACGCACUACACAUGGCGGUCAAAUUCAACAAGGAAACGGAAAUUGUUAACUCUUUAUUAAGCAAGGUUCCCAUCGACCAAUGUGAUGCAACUGGAACGACAGCCCUCCACCACGCAAUCAUGGCGUCCAACACCGAAAUCGUUCGUUACUUAUUAGAUAACGGAGCAGAUCCCAAAAGAUUGGACCAGAUUGGCCGCUCGCCACUUCGUGUGGCGGCAUUCUACGCCAAAGACACGAGAAUUAUCGAUCUAUUCCUUCGGAAAACAUUAGACGUUGACGAUUGCGACAAAUUCGGCGUGACUGCCCUCCAUCAUGCCGCCAUGGCGUCAAACGUCACAACCGCUCGUCACCUGUUGGCAAAAGGCGCCGAUAUCAACCGCCGUGACACGUUUGGUCUUACUCCACUUCACGUGACUGCAUUCUGUGCAAAGGACAUGGACACGAUCAAUUUGUUUAUUCUGAAUAAUAGAAAGGUGAAUCUACGUGAAUGCGACGAAUUUGGGCAAAACGUUAUCGCCUACGCAGAGAAAAACACGUACGGAUUGCGAACAAAAAUUAUCGAUCGCGUGAAAGAAAUCGACGGCGGUGUAAUCGAAGAAUGCAAUUUACUGAAACUAGCCAAAUCUGAAUUGCAGCAUAUCUCCAUCUGGAAAACUCUCGUUUGGGAUCUACACAACUACUUUACUAAUGACACUUUCACUUCUCUUUUAGCGCAGAAUUCCCAUUCGUCAGAACUGUUCUACGUCCCUUAUGCUGACCUCAAACCAGGAAAAGGCAGCGAAAUAUCCGAUUCUGUGUUGAUUUGGUACAUUGUCAACACAGGAAGUAGGAAACAACGCAACUUUGCUGAAUCCGAAAUGCCUGGAAGCAUAAAACUUUUAAACGACAUCGAUCACGAUUCCCAAAUAACAGAAAUUGAAAUUUACCACCAAAGCAAAAAUAAUUCAGCGACGUAUUUAACAAGAGCUUUUUCUCUCGUUUUUAAAACCACUAGCAAAAAGGACGGAGAACACUGGUGGUCUUUGGAGAGGAACGUGAAUUACGUUGUCCUCCAACGAUCCCGUGACACAGACGCAGUCAAAAACAAGUGCGGAGGCAAAAAUCGAAAGUAAGUUGAACCCAAUGUUACAAUCUUGAUAGAAAACGGGUCGAUUAAGAACAUUUCCCAUCAAAACCCUAUGUUGGAUUUAAAACAUUUUCUUACGGACGUGUACAAAUGGCAUCCGCUAUUCCUUGCAAUUUAUUUCGGAAAUGCCAGGUUAUUUGAGCGAACCAAGGAAAUGGCAAAGUUAGACAAGGAAUUCACUCUGUUAAACUCGGAGAAAACCUUUUCUAAUCGAAAGGAAAUGGUUUUUCAAGAAAAACAAAAGGCCGAUCCUACAACUCGUAAUGUAACAGGGAGAAGUGCACUUGCAACAGCCGCCAUACACGCAGAUAACGCGGAGGUAUUAGAUUUACUUCUAAAACACGAGAACGUGAACAUUAACAGAUAUGGUAGAUCUGCGCUUCAUUUGGCCGCAUGUACAUCAAAUCACAAUGUCGCAAGAAAUUUGAUCAAAAGGGGAGAAAAACCCAACCAGUUGGACAGCCAUGGCCUCACUCCACUUCAUUUGGCAGCAUAUCAUUCAGACGACACGGAGAUGAUCGAUUUACUUUUGGAAGCUCAAAAACAAAGUCAAGGCGACGAAAGAAUUGACAACUGGAACAAUCACGAUGGAAUGACUGCUCUACAUAGUGCCGCCAUCGCCUCCAAUGAGAUCACGGCAAAACAUUUACUCAAAAGGAGAGCAGACCCCAACCGAAAAGACAAACUUGGUCGCACGCCACUUCAUUAUGCAGCGCUCU